ACUUCCUUAGCUUAGAGCAUAACAAAAACCCACUAUACCCAGUGAGGUUGUGAGUAACCAUAAAAAAUGGGGUCUCUAAUGGCCUCUAUCACUUUAACUCUUCUAUUAGCCAUACUAUCUCUCACCACCUUCCCAUCACAAAUUUCAGCAAACAAUUACUUGUAUUCCUCACCCCCACCACCCAAGGUAUACCCCCCAGUCUCACCACCACCUAAGGUAUACCCUCCAGUCUCACCACCACCUAAGGUAUACCCUCCAGUUUCACCACCUCCUAAGGUGUACCCCCCAGUCUCACCACCACCUAAGGUGUACCCUCCAGUUUCACCACCUUACCACUACUCCUCACCACCACCACCACCAACAAAGAAACCAUACUACUACCAUUCUCCACCACCACCAGUUUACUCACCUCCAAAACACCCUUACCAUUAUCACUCUCCACCACCACCGAAGAAACCUUACAAGUAUCCUUCACCACCACCACCAGUUCAUCAUGUUCACCCUAAACCCUAUUACCAUUCCCCACCACCACCAAAAAAGCAUUACAAAUAUUCCUCUCCUCCACCACCAGUGCAUGUCUACCCUAAACCUCACUAUCACUCUCCACCACCUCCUCCUCACAAAAAGCCAUACAAAUAUCCUUCACCACCCCCUCCAACCCACCCUUACACUCAUCCACCCCCCCAUCCAAAACCACAUCCCUAUCCACAACCCCAUCCAAAAUCACACCCCCACCCAGUUUACCACUCACCUCCCCCACCCCAUAAAAAGCCAUACAAGUACUCAUCUCCUCCACCUCCAUCUCACCCCCACCCACAUCCUCACCCUCAUCCUCACCCACAUCCUUAUCCACACCCCCACCCAGUUUACCAUUCACCCCCACCAUCACCUAAAAAGCCAUACAAAUAUCCAUCACCACCACCACCAACCCACCACCCAUAUCCACACCCAGUCUACCACUCACCACCACCACCAUACAAGAAGCCAUACAAGUAUCCUUCACCACCACCUCCACCAGUUUAUACUUCACCUCCUUACAUUCCACACCCAGUUUAUCACUCACCUCCACCACCAGUUCAUACUUCUCCCCCAUACAUUCCACAUCCAGUUUACCACUCUCCACCACCAACUCCAACCAAGAAGCCUUACCUCUAUUCCUCACCUCCUCCUCCUUACCACUAUUAGAUAGUAAACAAUAAUAGUGGUUUAUUACCAUAGCUGUCUAUGAAAGAUUAUGAAGAAUAUAUGAAAAUAAAGAAAGUGAUGGAAGGAAGAUACAUCGAAAGAGAAAAAAGGGAAGCAAAGUUUCCGCGUUUUGUCUUCAGGAAAGAAAAGGCGUUAAUUUUUCUAUUAUAUGGUGAUAAGAUUGUUAUUGUGUUUUUUUUUCUCUAAUUUCUUUAAGCUGUUAUGUAUUUUAGCUUUUUAUUUAUUUUGACAGUUGUAAAGCAGUCUGUUCUGCUGUUAAUUAAUAGUACAUGCAAACGCUGAUGAUGUGUAGUUUUCGACCUGCUGCUUUGCAGAAGGGGUUGUAAGACAAAUCAUAUCUAUUAUAUUAUAUCAUAAAAUAAAUUAUUAAUGUGUAUAUUCA